CGGCGGCGGCGCAGCGGCUGCCGCACGCUAUGGUCUUUGACCUGCUGGCGCGGAGGCAUGUCAUGGCGCUGCCAGAGCUGUUGCUGGCCCCAUAUUCCGCCGAGGACCCACAAAGCCUGCUCUCGCUCCUCGACGGAGCCGCUGAGGCUUCUGUCGUCGACGCGUCACAGGCGCUCCUCCCUGCGGCCCCGUUGCGUGCAGCGGCGCGGGCAUAUCUCAUUUCGCUUUACGCGCUUCACGCCAUCGACGCCUUGCAACAAGCUGCGGCGCGCAACGUGCCGCAAGCACUUUCCGCAGCGCGUGGCGCUGCGUCGCCGCUCUCGGCCACCAAGCGCAUCAGUCUCGCCCAGCUUCUGGACGAUGGUGACGACGCCACACACUCGCCGCCGCUCUGCUCUGAUGCCGAGUGGCGUUGGAUUGCGUUUGCCGCCAACUCGGCCGCCUUUCUUGUUCUCUGCGCCGUGAUCCUCGCCGGAGUUGUCCGCUUCCGCGAGGCCUAUGGCUAUGCGUGGGAGGUUGUUGAGGAGUUCAAGCUUCUGUAG